AUGCUCCACCGAGCCAUCUCAGCCCCCACACUCCGCAACCUCACCACCAAGCGAACCCUCACAACCACCAUGACCACCUCCAACGUCACCCGUUCCCCCGCCAAGAUCGUGUACGCCCGCGACACGCCCGAGGGCGUCGGCGCGACUGUCCGCCGCAGCAUUGGCACGCCGGCGCUGCGCAACCUCUCCCCCUUCCUCAUGCUGGACCACGCGACGAUCCACCCGGGCUCGGGCUUCCCAGACCACCCGCACCGCGGGCAGAGCACCGUGUCCUACGUCCUCGGCGGCAUGUGGCAGCACGAGGACUUUACCGGCAACGCGGGCAAGCUCGAGAAGGGCGACGUGCAGUGGAUGGUCGCAGGCCGCGGCAUCGUGCACUCUGAGAUGCCGCUCUUCCACGACGACCCCGCCAAGGCCGAGCCCACCGAGGCGCUCCAGCUCUGGGUCGACCUGCCCGCCGACAAGAAGUUUAUCGAGCCGUCGUACCAGGAGAAGAAGGCCGCCGACAUCGACACGGUGACGCCGUCCGACGGCGUCAGCGUGACCGUCAUCUCGGGCGAGUCGCACGGCGUCACGGGCUUUGUGCGCCCCGUCGGCGGCUGCUGGUUCUUCGACUACAAGCUCUCCAAGCCCGGCGCGUCGGCGUUCCAGCAGAUCCCCAAGGGCUGGACCGCGUUCGUGUACGUCAUCACCGGCAAGCUCCAGCUCGGCGAGGACGCGACCCCCGUGGACAAGCACCACACUGUCGUCCUGUCGGCCGAGGAUGACGAGGACGGCGUCCUCCUCACCCGCCCCGAGGGCACCACCGACGAGACCCGCUUCGUGCUUAUUGCUGGCGAGCCCCUCGACCAGCCUGUGGUUCAGUACGGCCCCUUCGUCGUCAACACCCAGAAGCAGGUCAUGGAGGCCCUCUCCGACUACGGCAAGGGCCAGAACGGCUUCGAGCGCGCUCCCGGAUGGAAGAGCAAGAUCGGCUCCAAGCUCCAGGGCUAA